AUGGGCAUAGAGACGCUUCCUGAUGUCGAGGAAUCGACAGAGCCUCCUAUAUGUGCCCUAAGGGAGUACACUUCGAAUUCACAGGGAAUUGCCGCCCUAAGCUUUGAGCCCUGCGACGCCAAUGAAAAGCCAACACGGGUGCCGACCAGUCAUAGUCUGCCCCUUAGUGUUGACCGACACGCAUCAACUGGGCCCUUGCAAAGUCUUGAAGAUCAAAUCAGGAAUACCCAUCUUCUGGAGCCAGCUAGAAUUGCUGAGCUCCUCAAAACAGACCUCAACAAUGGACUUUCUAACGCUGAGGCCAACGAGCGCCUCCAGAAGGAUGGCCCAAAUUCGGUCAGGGAAGCCAAGAGCAUCUCCGUCUGGGGGAUAUUGUUAAGGCAGGUGUCCAACAGUCUGACUAUAGUUCUACUCAUAACCAUGGCACUAUCCUUCGGAAUCGAUGAUUACAUCGAAGGUGGAGUCAUAACAGCCGUGAUUCUCCUGAAUAUAAUCGUGGGCUUCUUCCAAGACUACCGAGCGGAAAAGACCAUCCUAUCACUACAUCGCCUCUCAGCACCAGUAUGCAAGGUUAUCCGCGAUGGACGAGUGAAUUCCGUCAAGGCCGAGUCAUUGGUCGUUGGAGACAUAGUCCGACUAGCCGUUGGAGACAUUGUGCCUGCAGAUUUGCGACUCUUCGAGGGAAUGAAUGCUUCCAUGGACGAAGCUCUUCUCACGGGCGAGUCUCUGCCGGUCCUCAAGACGCCUAAUACCACACUCGUAUCCCCGGAUAUUCCCAUCGGUGAUCGCACAAAUAUGGCAUAUUCUGGGUGCAGCACUACUCAAGGUCGUGCUCUGGGUGUUGUUGUUGCCACGGGUAUGAAUACAGAGGUUGGAAAGAUUGCGCAACUUCUUCAAGAGAAUGGAAGUGCUCAUGAUGGAAGUCCAUUGAUGCGGGCAUUGCAGAGAGUCAAAACCUCCGGUGCGAAGCUUCUCGGCCUUGUCGGCACUCCAUUGCAGGUCAAGCUUAGCAAAUUUGCGCUGCUGUUGUUCGCUCUUGCGAUUCUACUGGCCAUCAUUGUCUUUUCGGUUAAUCUGUGGGACGUCCAGGGCGAAGUCUUGAUAUACGGAAUCUGUGUGGCGGUGGCUGUCAUUCCAGAAUCGUUGAUCGCAGUGCUUACUAUCACGAUCGCAGUGGGUACAAAAGCCAUGGCUAGGGGAAAUGUCAUCGUACGAAAACUGCAAUGCUUGGAAGCAGUCGGUGGCGUCACAAAUAUUUGCUCUGAUAAAACUGGCACCCUGACUCAGGGCAAGAUGAUCGCCCGUUCGGCAUGGAUCCCUGGUGCUGGAACUUUGUCAGUACGCCAGACGACUGAUCCAUACGACCCAACCAGUGGAGUAGUCCAGCUGGAUGAGAUUGAUUGGAGUUCAAAUUACCCUAUUGACCAACAUCCAGCGCUGCAUACCUUUCUUUCGUCUAUUUCACUUUGCAAUUUAUCGACUGUGCAUCAUGAUAACAAUGUUUGGACUGCUGUCGGGGAACCCACAGAAAUUGCCCUCCACGUCCUCGCCAUGCGCUUUGAUUUUGGCAAGAGUGCCGUGAUGGCCAGGCGUGAAAUAGAGCUGCAUACCGAGUAUCCGUUUGACUCGGCGAUUAAGAAGAUGACAGUUGUCUACCAGAAUAAUCGGGAGAAAGUGAAUGAAACAUACACCAAGGGAGCACCCGAGGCGAUCAUACCGUCGUUGACAAGCUCCGAUGAUCAACUACGUGUUAUUCGAGAAACUGCAGACAGAAUGGCGGGUGAAGGUCUUCGCGUUCUCUGCAUAGCCUACAAAAGAUCAUCUAUUGAUAAUGACAACGAGGUCUCCCCACGCAGCGCCGCUGAAUCGAACUUGCAAUUUGGUGGUCUUGUUGGACUUUACGACCCCCCCUCGAGUUGA